UUUCUUUCUCUCUCUUUAAUGGAGUUCCUCACUAUACUUUAUGUUGUUACAAUGUUGUACUUAUGUUUUAUGAUCUGGAAGUUGUUUGAUCAGAGAAGGGACCAAGAGUGUUACAUAUUGGACUACGAAUGCUACAAACCAAGCGAUGAUAGAAAGCUUGGAACUGAUUGUUGCGGUAAGAUCAUAGGAAGGAACGAGAAGUUGGGUCUGAAUGAGUACAAGUUCCUCCUCAAAGCCAUUGUUAGCUCAGGCAUUGGGGAGGAAACUUAUGCCCCAAGAAACGUGAUUGAAGGUCGUGAGGCAAAUCCAACAUUGAAGGAUGGGAUCACAGAGAUGGAGGAGUUUUUCCAAGACAGCAUUACGAAGCUUCUAGCAAAGACAGGCAUUUCUUCCUCACAGAUCGAUGUACUUGUGGUAAAUGUUUCUAUGUUCUCUACUCUUCCUUCCUUAACUUCUCGAAUCAUUAACCAUUACAAAAUGAGGCAGGACAUAAAGUCUUUUAAUCUCACUGGGAUGGGUUGCAGUGCUAGCCUUAUUUCUUUGGACAUUAUUAGGAGCAUUUUUAAGUCCCAAAAGAACAAGUGUGCUCUUUUGGUGACUUCUGAGUCUCUCAGUCCAAAUUGGUAUUCUGGCAAUGACAGAUCAAUGAUUCUUGCCAAUUGUUUGUUCCGGGCUGGUGGCUGUGUCAUUCUUCUGACAAAUAAAAGGUCCUUAAAGCACAGAGCUAUCUUGAGAUUAAAGUGCUUGGUGAGGACUCAUCAUGGGGCUAGAGAAGAUGCCUUUAGUUGUUGCAAUCAAAAGGAAGAUGAACAGGGUAGGCUUGGUUUUUACCUUGGUAAAAAUCUUCCCAAGGCAGCUACAAGGGCUUUUGUUGAUAAUUUAAGGGUGUUAUCACCCAAGGUUUUGCCAACUAGGGAGUUGCUGAGGUUCAUGAUUGUGUCCCUUAUAAAAAAGCUGAAGAAAAAUAGUUCCCCUAAGUCUGCCAGUGUGGGAUUUACCAAAUCCCCAUUGAACUUCAAGACUGGAGUUGAUCAUUUUUGCCUCCACCCAGGAGGAAAGGCUGUUAUUGAUGGCAUUGGAUUGAGCUUGGAUCUAUGUGAAUAUGAUCUUGAACCAGCUAGAAUGACACUGCACCGUUUUGGGAACACAUCAGCUAGUAGCCUAUGGUAUGUGCUAGGGUAUAUGGAGGCUAAGAAGAGGCUCAAAAAGGGUGACAGAGUCUUGAUGAUAAGUUUUGGUGCUGGCUUUAAAUGCAACAGCUGUUUGUGGGAGGUAAUGGGGGAUCUGGGGGAUAGAAAUGCCUGGGACGAUUGCAUUGAUAACUAUCCACCAGAGUCCUUGGCCAACCCUUUUAUGGAGAAGUUCGGUUGGAUCAACAAUGUUGAGGAUGCAAGCACCUUCAAAAUUUCAGAUUUUCUCAAGUAAGG